UAGUGAUGUGCUACUGUCUAUAUAUUUGUGGGUUUUAAUUAGCUGAAGAUAAUGAAAAGAGAAAAACAAAUAAAAUCAGUUAAGAAUUUGAGUAACCCUAGACAACAUGGCCAAAAGAGUUGGAGAUAUUCUUCUCAUAUCCAUCGAAUUUUGCUUUUAAGUUUAGCCUGUGGUUUCGCUCUCCUCCAUAAUUACCAUGUUUCAACGAUGUUUGAGAACGAUCGACAUUUUUCUCAUUUGUCAACUUUGGAAAGAGAAAUGACAUUUCACAGUGAAAUGGGAAUGUAUUAUUCAUAUUACAAGAGGAUUGUUGAAGCACCCACAUUUCUUGAUGGAUUUAAUCAGAUUACAAAUGAUAACCUGACUGAAUAUCCCUCUGUCAUCAACACAUUGGAGAGGUUCAACCUGCUUCCAGAAUUGGUGAUUGGAGGUUUAUACCGUGGGUUUGCCCAGGUCACAGACAUGCUUGGUAUCGCUACGAAGCAGUGUUGGCAGGUAGAGAGAGGCAAUGGUCUGCCGCCAGUCACCAGCUGUGAGGGUCUGGGAGAUCCGACAUACUUCUACUUGGAGGCAGCCUGGUGUUGCGCCAGCCUCACCACUGCCUUCCUCUUCCUCUACGCUGUUUAUUUGAGUGAAUCGUUACUUGGAGGAAUCAUUGCAGUUGUAUGCUUCUUCUAUAAUCAUGGUGAGUGCACUAGAGUGCAGUGGGCUCCUCCUCUACGCGAGACCUUCGCUUACCCUUUCUGUCUGCUACACAUGAUGGCAGUGACGAUAUUUCUCAACCAGAACCGACACAGCUCGGAGGAAACUGGUUUCAACAGAUAUCAUGCCAUGCAGGUAACCCUGUUGGGCCUCUCUUCGUUGUUGUGUCUGACUCUGUGGCAGUUUUCUCAGUUCUUUCUUGUCACUCAGUUGACAGCUGUACUACUUCUCUACUUGUUGAACAUCACCAGUCGAUUCUCAACGCUCAUAAUCAUUUAUGGACUUGCUAUAGGUGUUAUACAAAGUCUCGUGGUGAUGUUUGGCAAUGAGAUGUUGUUGACUUCUCUACUAACGUGUCUGAUCAUGUCUUCAUCAGUGGCUCUACUGUUUGUUGCGCCAGUGUUGCCAACACGGUGGCAUGUUAGUGUCAGAUCUCUUCUGGUUCUAGUCUUCAUCGCAUCCUUCACACUGCUGAUGAAAACUAGAGUGUUCACUGCUAAUCAAGAUGCUCAUGUAUUGAAUAUAUUGAAGUCAAAGAUCAGCAGCUACAAGGACUUCCACACACUGUUGUACACCUGUGCUGUGGAGUUUGAUGUCCUCGGUUGGGAACCGAUCAUGAAGCUGUUUGAGACGUGGCUGCUACCAGCUGUGUGUCUAGUGCUCUUACUGGUCAGCACACAUUGGGCCCAGCGGGCGUUGGUAUUCAGGUCUUUUAAACAUGUGGAGCCUGAAGUUGCCUAUAAUAUCCUCCAGAUGGCAGCUUUUGCAGUUAUGGCUGUGCUCGUAAUGCGCUUGAAGCUAUUUUUCACUCCUCAUUUGUGUUUGAUUUCAUCGUUAGUUACAUCCAGAAAGUACCUAGACAAAAUACAAACAAAUGAAGUGAGGUAUGCCCUACUGGUCAUCAUUAUUGGAGGAAUGAGUGUUAAAGGCAUACCAAAUAUUUUACAACAAAGAAAUAUCAUUGGAGAGUACUCUAACCCACCAUUGGAGGAACUGCUAACGUGGGUCACUACUCGGACCUCCACCACUGCAGUGUUUGCUGGUCCGAUGCCAGUCAUGUCUGCCAUCAUGUUGUCUACCAAGCGGCCCGUAGUCAACCACCCUCACUACGAGGACGCCAGACUUAGGGAAAGAACACUAAAGGUGUACUCAGCUUUUAGCCGGAGCUCAGCAGACGAUGUGUUCAAAACGCUGUCUUCCAUGAAGGUGGAAUAUCUAGUCAUUUCAGACCACUGGUGCUUCAGAAGAAGCAAGAAUGGGUGUCAUCUGCUAGACCUGUGGGAUGUCCAGGACCCUGUCAGUAAGGACCAGGCUCCUCUGUGUCCCAAACUGUUCAUGGGCUCUCCGCUACCUUUCCAACGAGUGUUUGCCAACGACGUGUUUGUGGUGUUGAGGCUUCAACAGCCCUAUGUUGAACUGAAGGGAAUCAAACAAUACCAGUCCUAGUGAGUCAUUAUAUUCCUACUAGGCAAACAAGUUUUUACAACAAGCAAUUUGUUUACCUGUGAUAUUGUGUAUGACAAUUUGAAUUUUAUAUGUGUAAAGUUAGAUUAUGUUGUACCCUGAGAGAUUAUUUAUUUUUAGUUUUAGCUGUUUAUACUCUUGUAAUGGUCUCAUAGGUGUAAAUAAAUGUAAAAUAAGUUGUUGAUCUGGUUUGAUCAAUUUUUGUAUACUAAGGGAGACUGUUUCUAGUAGGCCUAUCCUGAAACUCAUUUUGUACUGUGCCCUUGAUUAUUUUUUUUAGCUAAAAAUAUCAGCUUCUGUUUGUGAGAUAAAAACUACUGAUUUACAUACGAUUUAUAUCAAUCGAGAGUUUUUGGUGCCUGUAAGUCUGUAUAAGCCACAAUCCUAGGUAUGGUUCCACCACUGUUUCCCUCAAUAUCCUUAGUAAAAGUCUUCUUAUACAAAUAUGAAUGACAAUA